GGGGAUGGUGAUUGGUGCGGGCAUCGCCAUAGUCCUCAUCGCCAUCCUCAUCUUCUUCAUUUUGCGAAGGAUCAAACUUCGAAACCUAGAAGCUCAGGAGGCACCGAAAUACCGUUUUCGCAAAAGGGACAAAGUCAUGUUCUAUGGACGAAAGAUCAUGCGUAAAGUAUCCCAGUCUACCUCUUCCCUGGUGGGUACGUCAUCCUCCUCUCGUCCACGCCUAAAGAAGAAGCAGAAGAUGCUUAACAUUGCCAAAAAAAUCCUGCGCUUUAAGAAGGAGGUGCCCACCCUUCAGGCAAAGGAGCCCCCUCCCUCAGUGCUUGAGGCAGACCUCACCGAAUUUGAUGUGGCCAACUCCCACCUCCCCUCUGAGGUGCUCUACAUGCUCAAAAAUGUCCGUGUGCUGGGUCACUUUGAGAAGCCCCUCUUCCUGGAGCUGUGCAAACACAUGGUGUUUCUGCAGUUCCAACAAGGGGAGUACGUCUUCAGGCCGGGCCAACCUGACAGCAGCAUCUAUGUGGUUCAGGAUGGAAAAUUAGAACUGUGCCUUACUGAAACGGAUGGCAAAGAAAGUGUGGUGAAGGAGGUUUACCCAGGAGACAGUGUGCACAGCCUCCUCAGCAUCCUGGAUGUCAUCACAGGCCACCAGAGGCCUUACAGAACGGUGUCGGCACGGGCUGCAGAGGUUUCCACUGUUCUCCGUUUACCUGUAGAGGCCUUCCUUUCUAUAUUUGAGAAGUACCCUGAGAGCCUGGUGCGAGUAGUACAGAUUAUCAUGGUUCGUCUACAAAGGGUAACAGUCCUAGCCCUGCAUAAUUAUCUGGGGCUCACCAAUGAGCUCUUCAGUCAUGAAAUGCAACCCUCACGCGUGCCACCUCAGUCACCGCACCCUACUCGCACUAGUCCCAUCCGCCACGGCAAGCGGUUUGGCAGCCUGACGGUGCCCGAGGAGUAUCGGGAAGCUGCCGUUAAGGGUGAAGUUACAGGAGAACAGGGGAAGGAUGGAGCAACGGUUCCAACUCUCAGCAGGACCAUCUCCAUGCCUGUAGACAUAUCUGCACCGCCAGAGCGGCUAGCCCGUCCAUUCAUCUUGGAGGGGAGCAGACCGAUGGGGAACAUGGCCCAUAUCUCCGUUUCCUCCCCCAGCGCCUCACUCCAGCCCCGCAGUCCUACAUCUCCUGUCACACCACCUCGCAUCCCCGUGGAAAAUCCCCGGCAGCUCACCACAAGGAGCUCAGAAGGAUUGCUGACUGUUUACUAUGUUGCUGAGUUCCAGAAGAAAAGACCGCUGAGCUGA